GGUCUACAGUGUAAACGCCUUGAAAAAAUGAGAACCCAGCCGUUGUUACAGAGGCUAUGGCGAUGAUGGGGUGCUGCUAAAAGCAAAAGAAUGACCUGAGAAAAAGGUAGAAAAAAACCAAAACAGCCUCAGAUUCUCUCCAUUUUUCCGAUUUGCCCUUCCAUUUCUACUUUGGCGUCGUCUCCUCCUGUUUCCCUGUCUUCGGUAAGUCUCCUCUUUCUCUCUCCGUUAAGGCUAUGUUUGGAGAGAAAGACCUCUCGAGUGAUCUCCCCUGUAAGGGAGACGAAAAGGGUCAGAACCCUGUAGAGAAAAUCGGUUUUUCUCAAAAGGGUAUGGGUUUUUUUAGAGGGUCAAACUCGAAGAUGGAUCUUGUUGGGUUUUCCUCUUCUAGAUCGUCAACAAAGCCUGGGAAUUCUGGGUUUCAGGAGUUGACUCUCAGCUACCUCUGUGACAAUCCCAAACUGGGUUUGCCUCAGAAUGGGAAUAUCAGCCAGAAAGGGAAAGAAGUUGUUCUUGUUUCUGAGAAUCCGAAUCAAGAUGAGAAAUGGGUAGAGAGGGAUUUCUUGAAUUUGAGUGGAAGUAGAGGGAAUUCUUCCAAAAGAGAGGUAGAUGAAGAGUUUGAGGAAAGGGAUAACAGCAGUAGGGAGAAGAAGCCUAAGUUAGAGACUCUUAAUCUGUCCCUUGCUUUGCCUGAUGUGUCCCUCUCUCUCACUGCAUCAAAUGCUUUGCAAAAUGGUGAUCCCCAAAUUAGGUCAAAGCCUUGUGGGAGUGUACAGUCUCUGCCACAAUCAAUGAACACACAGACAACCUGUUCCAAUGAUUUCACUGCUGCUUCAUUGUCAUAUUCUUAUUCUCACCCCUUUUCGCAUAAUCCUAGUUGUUCUUUGACCAGAAAUUCAACUGAAAAUUAUGAGUACUCUGUUGGGAGGGAUGAUCAACUUUGGUGUGGUGGUGAAGGGACUAACGGAUCUGUUCAUAGUAGGUUUAGGCCAAUUGGAGAUGCAGUGUUAAGCAUUAAGCGCUCAAAAACAUUGACCCUUGAAGGGAAGAGUUUUGUCCAGUUAAACUUACAUAAGUAUAUGCUUGUUUUGCCGAGUAACGAGCUGCCUUAUGAAUCCACAAGACUUGGUCUGGAUGCUCAAAUUGCAGUUGCAGACCUUGAAGGAUAUUCUGGAGGUGCAUGGACUCAUCAAGUUCUCUUCCAAACGGUGUCCUACACCAAAAGACGCUCUAGCUUCAAUUGGUGUCCUCCGAAGAUUUCAUAAUCAUUUUUUAGUUAUUCUUAAUUAUAAAACUAUAAAGGUUAUAUAAAGACUUACUGUAUAUAAAACUAAUCAAGAAAGAACAAAUCUUUCUUCAAAACUUUGUCUUCUGUUUUCAUUUCCAGCGCUAAAGAUGCCAUUUACUUGUAUUCUUUAGGCACGAAAGAAUUUCUCUACCAGAGAAGCCCAAGGUGUACUCUUAUAACUUAAUUCAAAGUUCAUUUCUUUUCCAGAAGGUGUUUCAUAUAACCAUUGUACGGUUUGUGAAGGGGUUAUAAUGAAGUCAGGAGCAAUUC